UAUGGCCGCUAAUAAACAAGCUUAAAAACUCGUAAUUUUGAUAAAUGCUAGUGUUUUGCUACUAUGUCAUCGUAAAUCCUUUUCAAAUCAUACCAAGUCGUCGUUCUACAAGAAAACAACCAUUCAACAAAAUCAAAUUUAACCGAGGACAACCUGGAUUAUGUCAAUUGUCAAUUUGGUAUAAAAAGAACUAGUGUCAAUUUUAUCAACAAGGCUAACAAGAGUUUCACAAUGAUCUAUAAACUCGUUCGAGUAUCCACUCGCUCAUAUCGACGGGUUUUUGUUCUGUUAUUACUGUGUUUACUGUUAUACUUUGCAAAUUGGUUGUAUUCGUAUAUAAUUGACUUUUACGUACCGACAAUGCAACCCCAACCAGUCAGGAAGGACAUGUCAAAUAUGCCUGUUAUAAGUGGUCAGGAACAUUUCAUACCAUCCCUCAUCGAGCCUGUUGUAAGUGAAGACAAUCUCUUUAUCUUAGUUCUAAUCAAUUCAGCCGCAGGAAGCGAGUCUCACUUUCAAAAACGAAUGGCAAUUAGAAAGACUUGGGGAAAGCCUAUAAUAGGACAUAAGAAAUGGAAAAUUGCAUUCUUUCUUGGAAAGACAAACAAGCGGUUGACUGAUGAAAAACGACUGAUGGAAGCAAAACAAUAUGGGGAUAUUAUUAUAGGAGAUUUUCCAGAUACCUAUAGAAAUAUAACACAAAAAUUAAUGAUGGCAUUUAAAUGGACAUCAAAGAUAAAUUACAAGUAUUUAUUAAAGACAGAUGAUGAUGUUUAUGUUAAUAUUCCUUUAUUAAUUACCUGGAUUAAUGGACGACUACAUCCUAAUGAACCUUUGUAUGCUGGAGUGUUGUAUAGGGCUAAAAUCAUAAGAGAUCCAUCACACAGACAUUUUGUCAGAUGGAGCGACCUACCCCAGCAAAGCUAUCCCUGGUAUCCUAAAGGAGCAUUGUAUGUCCUAUCAAGUGACGUUGUGCAAGAGAUGCUGAAGAUAGUUAGUCGUGUUAAGAUGAUAACAGUGGACGACGCAUAUGUUGGUGUUUUGGCAUCCUAUGUGGGAGUGAGGCCAGUUUACUUAAAUGGUUUUAUACAAUGGGGCUUUUUGCCAGAAUUAGUAGAGCUUUUUGAUAGAUGUACUUAUAGCAAUAUUAUUGGAAUGGCAGAUAAUAUGAGUCCAGAUGAUAUAUAUUUUGUUCAUCAAGAAGUGACGUCAUUACAGAACUCGUCAAAAUGGAUGUGCAUUCAUGUGUCUCACCCUAUUCUAGCAACAGUAGGACUUGUGAUAUUUUUACUGCUAGUGUUAUACACAAACAGACAUAAAUUAAUAUAACAUUAGCAUUGUGUCCCUUGUAAUUGUUGCUAGUUUAACAUGUGUUAUUUGAAAAAAUAUAAACA